UAUUUAGGAAUAUGUUUAUUUUGAAGGACGAACUGAUUUCAAACACGAUUUCUCUCUUAUAAGUUUCAUCUCUUUUAUCAGUUAUCAAGGGGUGAAACCAAUUUUAUAGAGAAACAGGAAGCAGUGAGUCAAUAAUAUGAAACACUCAUAAUCCUUGUUUAUUCCCACUAAAGGGAGUCCCCAAGUUACAAACACUUGACUUAUAAAUGACUCAUAAUUAAGAAGAGGGAUGAAACAACAGGAAGCGAGGGAAAUCUUCCCCUAGGAAGGAAAAUUCACGCCUGAAAGACUGAUCAUGGGGAAAAUGUUGGGCAAGUGGGCUUAUUAACAAAUGACCCUCCUCAUAAAUGCACAGCAGAGUAAUUUAUCAGCAACAGUGUGACCCAACACCAGUAGCCCAAAGUGAUAAAAAACAAAAACACACCAGACCAAUGUUACCUCUUCCAUAGGAGGCUCUUCUUUGUAGUAAAAUAAUAUAGUUACAAUAACAAGGUUUCCACAACACAAAGUCCUUUAUACUUCCUUCGUUACUUUAAUUCUGGUCGUCUUAUGCAGAUAAACAGCUUUGCUCUUACAGAGCCUCCUCACACCAAAAUUACUCAGGAGCUUCACAUAGCUUCUUUACACAUGAGCCGUUAAACUUUGAACUUUCAUUGCAGCUUCUCUCAUACUGAGGUUUACCUCACACUCUUCAGGACGACACUAACUUUGGCCCACUGACUCUAACAGGUUUCGGCCUACUAUUUUAGUACUUGACACACACACGUUUGUAAUAAAAAAUAACCAGUUAAUUUUUAACAUUUCUGACAGAAAUUGUGUCUCAGCUGAAGCUUUAGCACCUAUCCUUUUUCCACAGCAAGCCAAAUUUUACAAAAUCCAAUUAUAGAGACAGAAAGUGGUGAAAUAUGAACAGGGGCACAUAACAGCAAAACAAAACCCAAGGGUGUUGACCCUACUCUGCAAUCAAAAAUAUAUAUGUGUGGGUGUGUGGCUGGAGUUACACUUCAAAAAUGUACCUGUUCAGACUUAAAAAGAAAUUCAACUUAAGAACAGACCCUACAGAACCCAUCUUGUUCGCAACUUGGGGACUGCCUGUAUUUGAAGCUGCAUAAAGAAAUUAAGAUUGGAGGAGACACAUUUAAAAACCAUAGAAAUUAAAGUUCUUUUCAAGGAUGGAUCUUACUCCAUAAAAAUUAAUGUAAUAUUUUUAUUUAGCUUUAAAUCUUAUGCCAUAGAAAUUAUCACAGAAUCGUAGAGUUAAAGGAGAACCCAAGGACCAUCUAAUCCAGUCCCUUGUCAGUAAAGCAAUUUCUGUCCGUCCAAACUCCUUAAAACAACUCCAGUGAAUGUGGAUCCACUACCGAAGUACUCUGAGUGUCAAAGCAUCCCAUAACAUCAGGAAAUUCUUCCUUACAUUUAGUAGGAAUAUCCAUAAAGUAACUAUUUUCACAUUACUAAGGGUUGAGAUUGGUUUCAUGCAGUUUCCUCUGACAAUAGGGACAUCUAGAAAUACAAAAUCAGACCAUUUCUUAGAUUGGUAAUUGGUUAUCCCUCCACUCACUGUUGGCUCAUGAAACAGCCAACUUGGAAAAGUGGGCUCACCAUGUGCUUCAGAAUAUACAUGGGAAGAAGACAUGCGAUGUAACAUGCAUUCUGAAAUAUUCAUUGGAAAAAUAGUCUAGCAGUUCAUUGUCGGUUGCUAGUUGAAUAAUAAAGAUUCCUCUGUAGUUAAUUUUGGUUUCUAAUAUGGUGCAGGCUUGACUGUUAGAACAGUAGUCUCAAGUGCAAAUGUUUCUUGCAUAUUCAGUCAGAAUACUCUUUAUUGCAGUGUUUCUAAAACUCCUUCUCCAGGUAUUUUGGACUGCAGCUCCUAGAAAUCCCAGCCAGUUUACCAGCUUUUAGGAAUUGUGGGAGUUGAAGUCCAAAGCAUCUGGAGAAGCACAGUUUGAGAAACUGCUUUAUAGUAUUACAGACAGUAUAAAUCAGUUCAAUAAUAGGAGAGGGGGUUGGGGGGGAGCUUCAUUCUGCCAUAUUGCUCUGUUCCAAUAUGAAAGAAAAACUUUGAAAUAAAACAUUGGAUACUUUUGGGAUAUGUGGCCAUACAGCCCGAAAACCACACAACACCCCAGUGUUUCCGGCUGUGAAAGCCUUCGACAAUACAUUAGAUACUUUUGUUUUUCAAAAAGACAUACUGCAUAUUGUGAAAAUCAAUUACAAUAUACAAAAUCCAAAACAUUAAAAAGGGAUUCUAACUUCAGAAUUGCACAGAUUAUAGCUUUGACAAACCAUGUAUUUUUGUUAGUGAAAAUAUAAAAAGUCGUCCAAAAGCACUUUCUGUUGGUUUAACCUGUCCUACUCCUUACAGUGCACAAAUUGUAUGGAGUGUUUAUUGGGCAGAAUUUGAAUUGGGCUAAUUUAUAUUCCUACAUUUCUAUCAUUUUAAUAAUUUCUGCAUUUCUAUUUGAAGUAGUUUAGUAUAAGUAUGAAAAAUAAUUGCUCUUCAAAAUAAAACAUGACAUACACAAUCUUCUAUUUCUUCUGCCAUGACCUUUUGGAUAUCGUGCACCAUGCAGGGCUGGCUAUAUUUUCAUAUAGUCACAUCAUGCGGGAUCCAACCCACACACUAGCAUUAAUAAGUACGAUGUUUUUUGUUUUGAGCCUGAAAAUGAACUUCAUAGAAUUGGGAGACAAUUGCCUGCACUUGUAAAUAUAGAGAUAUAUUUUAUUUGAUGUAAUAAAUAAUUGCCAUCUUUUUACUUGGCUUCUAUGUGUGUUGGGAAAAUACAUAUCAUUGUGCUUGGGUCAUUUAUGAUAGCUCUCAUCCAUGCAUACACUCACUUAAGUCACAGUGCACAUGUUCAUUUAAACUGAGUGAUUAUUGGUGUUUUUUAGGGAAGCACUACUCAGUAGUAAUCUGCAGAAUAGUGCUGCUCUGUAAGCUGAUGACUACUAGUUUGCAGCAACAUUCUAGGAAACAAAUACAACAGUAGAGCACAAAUAUACCAAUUUAUUACGUAUUGGGAGGAAAUUUGCUUGUGUUGGAACACUGUUUUGUGGGAUAUAGAAAAUGAAGAGUUAAAUUUUGCUUUUAGUACAUGACACUAUUGAUCAUUCCCUACAUGGGUGUUCAGUCACAUAAAAAAUAUCCUCAAGGCAUGAAAAAGCUCUCUUUCUUGGUGUAUGAGCUUGAGAAGUCCAGAUCAGUAUUCUCAUUUAACCUCUCCACAUAUGCAAGGAACAUCAGCUUGUGUUUAUUGCCAAGGGAAGGUGUGUUUAGAAUCAUAGAGCUGGAAAAGACCACAAGGGCCAUCCAGUCCAAUCCUCUGCCAAGCGGGAUCACAGAAUCAAAGCACCCUGACAGAUGACCAUCCAGCCUCUGCCUAAAAACCUCCAGAGAAGGAGAUUCCAUCACACCCAGAGGCCAGAUGUUCCACUGCCAAAUAGCUCUUCCUAAUGUUUAGGUGGAAUCUUUUUAAUGCAAUUUGAAUCCAUUGCUCUGUGUCCUAGUUUGAUGAACCAUACUGUGGGAAGUCUACAUAUUUUUAUUUUACAUAAUUUCAUUUCCAGACUCGCAUGCUGAUAUGUAUGCAUUCAGGAAAAAUAGUACUGCUGAUCCAUUGCCCUAACACGAUGAGGUGCUUCACAUCAGCACUGGUGUUGUCAUGGAUGAUGAUGAUGAUGAGUCCUGUCUCUUUGAUCUUAUUGGAGACCCACAGGCACUGAAUUAUUUCCUCCAUGGAGCAGGCAGUAAAUCUAACAACGAAGACUUGACUAAUGCAGGAUAUUCUGCAGCCAAUUCAAAUUCCAUUUUCGCCAAUGCCAGUAGUUCUGAGUCUAAGUCGUCAAUCAAAGGUGUGAGUGGUCAGCUUGGAGAGGGACCUAGUGAUGGACUACAGUUGCCAAGUAGCCUUCAGUUUCUUGAUGAUGAACUUGAAUCUUCUCCAUUGCCUGAUCUUAGUGAAGAUCAGCCAUUUGAUAUCCUCCAGAAAUCUCUACAGGAAGCUAAUAUUACAGAACAGACUUUGGCAGAAGAGGCUUAUCUGGAUGCCAACAUAGGCUCCAACCAACAGUUUGCACAAACUCAACUUCAUCCUUCCUCAUCAGCAUCUUUUACUCAGGCUUCUAAUGUUUCUAAUUACUCAGGUCAGACGCUGCAACCUAUAGGAGUUACUCAAGUGGUUCAGCAACCCGUUGGAGCAUCGUUCACAAGCAAUACAGUUGGUGUGCACCAUGGCUUUAUGCAACAUGUGGGAAUCAGCGUUCCCAGCCAGCAUUUGUCAAAUAGUAAUCAAAUUGGUGGUCCUGGACAGAUACAGCUAAUUGGUUCAUUCAGUAACCAACCUUCCAUGAUGACCAUCAAUAAUCUUGAAGGAUCACAUAUUAUAUUGAAGGGUAGUGGACAGCAAACACCGGCAAACAUGAGUGGUGGACUCUUGGUUCACAGACAAACUCCUAAUGGCAACACACUGUUUGGCAACUCAAAUUCAAGUCCAGUAGCACAACCUGUAACUGUUCCAUUUAACAGUACAAAUUUUCAGACAUCCUUGCCUGUGCAUAACAUCAUCAUACAGAGGGGCCUUGCUCCAAAUUCUAACAAGGGCCCCAUCAAUAUUCAACCAAAGCCUAUUCAGAUGGGUCAGCAAGCCACUUACAAUGUGAAUAGCCUGGGAAUACAGCAGCAUCAUGUGCAACAAGGGAUUCCUUUUGCUUCAUCAAACUCACCUCAGAAUUCAGUUGUUGGUCCACAUAUGUCUGUUAAUAUUGUUAGUCAACAAAACGCAAGAAAAUCAGUUGCCCCUCAAACAGUAAGCAAUGCCAGUGGUAGUAUUGUUAUCCAUUCUCCAAUGGGACAGUCUCAUGCACCUCAGAAUCAGUUUCUUAUACCCACAGGCCUGUCAGUAAACCCUAAUUCAGUUCACCACGUCCAGACGAUAAAUGGGCAGCUUCUUCAAAAUCAGCCUUCCCAGCUUGUUUCUAGUCAAGUAUCCUCUGAUCAUGUUAUGCUAAACAGGAACUCUGCAAACAUGCUAAGAACUAACCAGCCGUAUUCCGGACAGAUGUUGAAUAAUCAGAAUGCUGUCCAGCUAGUUUCUGGUCAGACGUUUUCAGCUUCUGGAAGUCAAGUUAUAGUAAACCACGGGAAUUCUCAAAUUGUUAGCGGCCAGGUUCCACUACAGCAGGCAUCUCCUGCUGUGUUGCAUUUAUCCCCUAGCCAAGGAAACAUUUCCCAAAGUAGAACAAACUUUUCCACCAUGUCUCCCGGACAGUCAGCCAGUUCAAAUAUGUCAUCCAACAGCCGGUUUACUGCUGUGAGUUCUUCUGCCGCUGUACACCCCAGCAUUGGGCCUUCAGCCCAGUCUGUUGCUUCAGGAGGAAGUUUUGCUGGUGAUCAACUUACGCAGCAAAAUAGAAUGCAGUUGGCAGUCAGCGUGUCACAUCGUCUUCCAGUUUCUUCUUCCAAGGCUGUCAAUACUUUUAGUCACACAUCAGUGACCCAAUCGCAGUUUUCCUUUGCCCAGGCUCAAAAAAAGGUUGCAAACCUAGCAUCUUCAGGUUCAUCAUUAAAAUCACAGGAUACCCUGAGACAAGCUCAGCUAACAGGUCUUCUAGGACAAGAUUCUGUGGGCAAAACCAUACAGCAAUCUGUAGGUACAGCACUGUCCCACCAGGAAAAAGCAGGAGGAUUAUGUCAACCAAAUGCUCAGGUGGAUGGUCAUAUGAUAGGACAAAAGAGACCUGCUGCUAAACAGCUAACAAAAGGAGCCUUUAUUCUACAGCAGUUGCAGAAGGAUCAGGCACAUGCUGUGACGCCUGACAAAAGUCAGUUCAGAUCUUUAAAUGAUGCAGUCCAGAGGCUCCUUUCAUAUCAUGUGUGCCAGGGAUCCAUGCCAACAGAAGAAGACUUAAGAAAAGUGGAUAAUGAAUUUGAAUCUGCAGCCACACAGCUUCUGAAAAGGACCCAGGCUAUGUUAAAUAAAUACAGGUGUCUGCUCUUGGAAGAUGCAAUGAGGAUAAAUCCUUCUGCAGAGAUGGUCAUGAUUGACAGGAUGUUUAACCAGGAUGAAAGACAAGCUCUGUCCCGGGAUAAACGUCUCGCAAUAGUCGAUCCUGAUGGCUUUCUGACAGAUUUUUGUUGUCCUUCCACACAAUUUGAGAAGAUUGCAGACGAAACACAUCCAAAUGCAAAUGAUCUCCAAUCAAGCAAACAUUUAACUUCCCAGAAACAGACUGAAAUCAGAGACAGGUCAAGUUCAAGCACAGCAGAGUCUUUAAAUCACAGCAAACUUCAUGUAGUGCCUAACAAUAUUGUGAGUUCCCAACAAGGAAAUAUUUCUAUUAAAAAAAUGGAAAGUCUCACAAAAGCUUUAAAAAUUGAGAAAGUAAGCUGCUCUCCUGAAAGCCAACAUACGGCUGCUUCUGAACAGAAAAUGACUGGUAAAAACUUUGACAAGGUGAAUGAAAACUCCCUAAGUUCUGAAGAUCAGUCGUCCAAAACCUUAUCAAGUUCAGAACAUGGUACUCAUAAUAAAACAUGUAGGAAUACAGUCAAUACUUGCUCAGAAACUGCAUAUAAUCAUUCCUUCCAAGACAAAAUGCCUCGAAAUUCUCCAAAGAAUGAGAAUCUACAUCCAGAUAGCACGAAAGGCUCUGGGAAACCCCAAAAGGAUUUGCUGCUGAAUAAGGAUUUAGAGAAUAAAUUCAAAAACAUGUUGGAACUGAAAAAGACUGGGAGGCAGCCACAGAGCGAGGCAGCGGGCAGUGGCUCCUUGGAAUUAGAAUAUCCAAACUUCUCACUUAUUGCUUCACAAGAAAAUUGCCUGGAGAAGUUUAUUCCAGACCACAGUGAAGGUGUUGUAGAGACUGAUUCUCUUUUAGAAGCUGCUGUAAAUAGUAUCUUAGAGUGUUAAUAGUUGCAGUACCAUGGACAUAUUUCUCUUAGAAGCAAAUGUGAAUGACACCACAAGUACAGCCUGACUAUGUCAAAGCUUACCCUUUCUAAACCUACCCCGUUCUGUGUUUGAGAGCAAUGCUCAUUCUGGUUACAGUGAGAGAUUUAGCAGUGUGUAAAUCCGAUGAGAACACUACCUAAUGGGGUCUGUUCUUUGGCUGCAUGUAAACAACAAAAUACAAUCUUGCGUUGAGAGAAUGAAUCUUGGUGAGUCACAGAUUUGUACUCCUCUGAGUCUCUUUCACGCUACACAAUUACAGCAUUGUGUUCUGCUUUAACAGAAAUGGCCAUUGUCUGUGAAAUCUUGGAGUUUGUAGUUUAAUGAGGCACUAGAGCCUAAACUGCAAAUUAUAGGAUUCUGAAGGGUGUUGCCAAGGAAGUUGAAGAAAUAUAUAGUAGUACUACAAUUGUGUAGUGUGAAAGGACCUAAGGUGUGGUUACAAUGAAGAGAUCCGAAGCUUCUGCAUUUAUUUUAGAUUACUUUAGCAUGUCAUCAGACCCAUAAGUUUCACUGAAGCUUAAUUAUGUUUAGUUGAAACAUACAGCCUCAUAACAAUUUUAGUCACUGACUUGUUUCAAGUAGGUAUAUAGUUGAGGUUGACCACAAUUUAUCUAUAUUUGGAUGACAAAGUAAGCUCUAAUUAAUCAAGCAAAAGUUGCUGAUCCCUUUUUGUAUGGUUUAGCAUUGCAUUCUAACUAGCCCUUUACAAUAAGUUUGUGCUAAAUGUUUCAGCGUUGUAUCUUAAUAAGACGUCAAUUCAUUUGUCCCUCUGUGACAAGGUAAUACACUGACAAUCACAGUCUAGUAACAGGUUUGGAAAUAAAUGUCAUGAAUGUACAUUUACCAGGGGGAAAAUGUCCCUUACUUACCUGCAACCCUUGAUUUGUGCUUGAAACAUCCACAGUAUAGUACCUCUGUUUAGAAAUGUUCCUCUCUCAGGUUUAGAAGAGAGAGAGAGACAAAAAAUAUAUGAAGGAAUACCAUUGUUACCAGAACGUUUACAAGGCUUUAUCAUUUUAAGCUAUUUUCUGUUGCUUCAUAGGCAGAAAUGAAUACAUUACAGAUUAAUUUGGUCUCUGGAAGAUGUAUAGUUUUAAUCACAACAUGGCGUGAAACAAUCCAUGCCACACCAUGAGUGGGAAAUUGUGAAGGAAGAUACUAUGUUGUCAGCCAUGAAAUUCUGUAUGAAUACACACAGUUCUUCUGGAAAGUUGCUUCCAUUUUAUAAUUGGAUAAGUGGUAUACAUGUUUUUUUCUAGAUCAAGUAUUACAAGCACAUCUAUUUGAAAAUUGUGUUGAUAUAGUAGUAAUUUAUACUUUAGCCUUAAUCUGAACAGUUUCAAAGCCAGUACUGCUUUUUGCCUGUUUCUACUUCUUGGUGUUCAAGAAUGUUAAUCACCUAUGGUGGCAGCCGUAAUUACCAAAAUAGAUACAAACCAAAGUUAACUGAUCUCAUUAAAAUAUAUGGCAUAUAAUUCAUAAUUGAGAGCCAAAGGAGCCCCCUGUAUGGUUAGCAUUUGGCUAGUGGUCGUGCAGAAUUUUAUUUAUGUAUGUCUUUCAUCUAUGCUGCCAUUCUAUAUUUGUUUUAUUAUAUAAUCCUAUUUCCGAGCUGCUAGGUACAUUGGGUUUUGCUUCUAAUAUGAUGGAUGUAACAUGUUUGGCUGUUCAAAAAGAUAGCAGGAUGGGUUGCAAGGCAGUCUCUCUGUUGCUCAUUGUAAUUUCUUCUUACAUACGUUUUCAAAAACUUGAAAAUUAACUUCAUAAAAUCUGGAGUGAUAGUGGAAUCUUGUGUAUCCACAAGUUUGGAAAUUUUUUUUGCAAAGUACUCAUAAGAAUGGGGAAUUCCCUCUUUCGUUGAAACUGUACAGCUUUGUGCUUUGCAUUUCAACAAGAAGCUAUGGUUGUCAGUCAGAUUGCCCAGAAAAAGGGGUUGUUCAGUGUUUUCAAUCUUCCAAUUUGUUUUAAAGCACAAUGUUUUUAUCUCUUAAUUAAAAAAGAACUUCACUACCAUCAUGUUGAGACAGCAUCACUAUGGGAUAAUAAGAAUAAUCAAAUUCAAGAGAAUAGCCAUAUCAUUGAAUGUUUGAUCCACGCUUCACAGGAAUAAAAAUAUGGAGGGUUUUAUUUUGCUUUCAUUGCUACCUUUAAAACAUGUUCCAGUUUAAAAAUCACAUACUAAUAGAACUUUAUAUUCUUUGGUGGUUGUCUUUUGAAAUAGCGAUUUAGCAUUCUCACUUUGGUUCAUUUUUGUAUGCAGGGCCCUUUACAGGCAGUGCAGCCAUACAUUUUUGUAAAGGAAUUGAACUGUAACCAUAAUGAGAUUUCUGGGCAAGCAGAACGUACGUUACACCAGUCACACAAAUCAAUUGGAAUUGUGAUAAAUUUGAAGUACCUCUAUGGAUCUGCCUUCUUUUGUUUUGACCUGGAAGUGUAAAGUUUCCAUCACCUGUACAGAAUAUUCUCAAACCUAAAUUCCAAAACAAACCCCAUGCAUUUGGAAUCUUAUGUGAGAGUUUACUUUUUAGGUAAAGUUUAGCCAAGACAUCUGAAAUGCACUUCAUCAAUGUGAAAUGAAUCGUACCUGUAUUUAUCUCAGCAUUUUAUGCUGGGAACCCACUGAACAAAGUUCAGCUAAAUUAACCCCCGGGGUAGCUAAUGUAUUUUAUUUAUUUAAUUGACCUUGAUUAUAGAGCUCUGAAUAUUUUAAUUGGUAAUGCAGUAAAAUAUUUUUGUUUGUUGUAAAAAGAAGUGUGAAUUUGUUAUGCAGCCCAUGGUCCUGAAGCCAGUGAAGGCCAUUUAUUUGUGCUUAACUGCUUUGUAGGAUUGGUCUCUUGACUUCCUGGAUGUCUUUCCAUAUUGUCUAAGGUGAAAACAAAAUUUUGGCUGGCAACUCUGAAAACCGAUUCAAGGUCAGCCUAAUUGAUCUGUUAAAUUUGGGAGGCCUUACAGACUGACUUUACUGAAAGAGGAUGUGUCACUUAUUGUCAGUGUGGUAUGGACUUUAUUUGCUUAAAUACCUUCAUUUGUAUAGUACGUCACUUGAAAUUGCUUUGUAUACAUUUUGUAAAAAUAUUUAUAAAAUGUUUUGUAAAAAAAGUGUAACAAA